AUGGUGAGUAUCCUCGUCGUGGAAUAUCAGAGCGACGGCGGUCUUUUCCUCGGCGGUCCCGGGCUCGACGUGGAGGAGCGCCACGCCCUUGAAACCGGCCACGACCUCGAAAAGGGCUCCUAUCACGUCUAUCGCCGGGACUGCGAGUCCGCUUGCGUUUCGGGGGUGGUCCAAGCGGGGACUCUUCUCGUCGGGGGCCCGCGUUGCCUCUUUCUAGUGAGCCGGAGGGGUGAGCAUUCCAAUCGGCGGAUGGUGGAGGGCGUGAGUAAUUCGGUCGUCGGGAUUCGUGAUAUCCAGAAGGGUUGUCUCGCGAGCCAUGCGGAGGCGAUCGUUCUGGGGCAAAAGCACCCGAGUCGUGAGAUGAGUCCAGUCCGAAGCGAGACGCGCGUGAAGGCGAACGUCCAGGAUAGUCAUAAUGACGAUCGCUACCACGAGGAUGACGGCCCCUGUCCCUGUAUCGACCACGACCUCGAUUCUGAUGAGACCCUCGACCUCUCCGCCGGUCCCUGUCACGGGGAUCGCGAUCGGUGUCGGCACUCCACUGGUCUCUUAACACCGGACUCCUGCGGGACCCAGCCAUGGCGACGUCGCCAGCAUCUGGCGUUCGACGGGGGGAAAAGAUAA